GCAGCGCCCCGCAGCUGCCCCGGGGAUGGAAGGAGCGCGCUUGCCAUCCCGAGCGCGGCGGAGGGUUCUGUUACAGCAUAGAAGUGAGAUCCACAAGACUCCUCUAAGAUGUCUUACAGAAAGGAGCUAGAAAAAUACCGAGACCUGGAUGAAGAUCAGAUCCUUGGAGCUCUGACAGAGGAGGAGCUCAGGAAGUUAGAGAAUGAACUGGAAGAGCUGGAUCCUGAUAAUGCACUGCUGCCAGCAGGGCUCAGGCAGCGGGACCAGACACAAAAGCCACCAACUGGCCCCUUCAAAAGGGAGGAACUCAUGGCCCACCUAGAAAAGCAGGCAAAGGACAUUAAAGACCGAGAAGACUUGGUUCCUUUCACGGGUGAAAAGAGAGGAAAAGCUUGGAUUCCCAAGCAGAAGCCGAUGGAUCCUGUUUUGGAAAGUGUGACUCUGGAGCCGGAACUGGAGGAAGCCCUUGCUAAUGCCUCUGAUGCAGAACUCUGUGACAUUGCUGCCAUCCUUGGCAUGCACACGUUGAUGAGUAACCAGCAGUACUAUGAGGCACUGGGGAGCAGCACCAUUGUGAACAAAGAAGGCCUCAACAGUGUGAUUAAGCCCACACAGUACAAACCAGUUCCUGAUGAGGAGCCAAACUCAACGGAUGUGGAGGAAACCCUGAAACGAAUACAAAGCAAUGAUCCUGACCUGGAAGAAGUCAACCUUAACAAUAUUAUGAAUAUUCCUAUACCAACUCUAAAAGCUUUUGCAGAAGCGCUGAAAAACAACGCAUAUGUGAAGAAGUUCAGCAUAGUUGGGACCCGGAGCAAUGACCCUGUUGCUUUUGCCCUGGCAGAAAUGUUGAAGGUCAAUAGCACACUGAAGAGCCUGAAUGUGGAGUCAAACUUCAUUUCUGGGUCUGGGAUCCUGGCUAUCGUUGAAGCGCUGGAGGGCAACACGUCGCUCGUGGAGCUGCGCAUUGACAACCAGAGUCAGCCCUUGGGCAACAAAGUAGAAAUGGAAAUCGCAAAUAUAUUGGAAAAGAACACCUCCCUACUGAAAUUUGGGUACCAUUUCAUUCAGCAAGGUCCCCGGCUUCGCGCCUCCAAUGCCAUGAUGAGUAACAACGACCUGGUGAGGAAGAGAAGACUUGCAGAGGUGAAUGGGCCUAUUUUUCCCAAGUGCAGAACUGGAGUGUAGUUCCUGGCCAUGGAGGUCAUUCCCAGUGAUCUGUGCUACACUGUGGAAAUCUAAAGGCAAUAAGUGCCUUGACAGAGUAUUUGUGGUGCCUCUGUUCUGUUUUAUGCACUAACAGUUGAAACGAAAUAGUGGCUGUAGUUUUUAUGAAGAUUUUAUCCAGUAGGACUGUUGAUGUUUUCUGCAGAGUUGGAAACUAUUCAAGCCAACUUGUCAAUUUAAUGCAACCUCAGUUUAGACUACAAUCCAGUGUUAAAGGGGAUUAAUUUUUCUAUAAAAUUCCUGCACGGUGUUUCAUAGUUAGGAUGUGGUAUGCAUGAAUGAAAGAUAAAAUUGUUUCACACAAAUUAUAGAAGUAUUAAAAAAAUACUUUAUUUUAUUUUAUUUUUCAAAGUUGAUCUCAAGUAACUACAGAGGAAUAACUAGUUUAACAAGCACUUCUAACAUAUGGAGACAUGGCUAAUUUCAAGAAUUGUGAGUUACAAUUUUUGCCAACAUUUGCUGAAUCAUUUGAGAUGCUGUGUCAAAUGCAUCCCAGUGUUUCUUAAAAAAAACUGAUCUCCACCCCCAACUAAAUGGAAUUUAAGGCCACCAGAUAUAAAACAGAGUCUCAGAAAUCAAGGGGUUUAGAUGGGUGAAUAUCCUUCAAUCCCAUGCACAUGUGAAGACAACACUCAAUCUUAGAGACAGCCAAACUAAUCCGCAAAUGACAACCUUCUCUUCUAUUCCUCACUCCCUUCAGUUUCCUAGUGUUAAAAGUGUUUGUCCAGAUACUCACUGCACACAGGUCACAUUCUCUCCCUUUGCUGUUUUGUCUAGAUGACCAUGUCCAUUAACUAAAUUUUGUUCUGCUAGGAAUUAUUUCUCUUACUGCUGUCCCUUAUGUCCACAUAAAUGCAAGAAUAAAUGCUGUGCCCUAAAAAAGCUGUGAAGUGAAAUACCCCAAAUCUGAACUUACACUACGUAUGCUCUCACAGCUGUCAGUGUACACUCAUCAUUCAGCCUGGGAGGAAUUCCCCACAGGCUUGUGGAUCUCCCAGACCUGCAGCAGACUGGACCCAGCACAUCCAAACCUCCCACUGUUAAUGUGGGUGGGAUCCUGCUCAGUAAGAAGUCUCCACAGAAGAAGCACUGCUGUACUGAAACCUUAAUCUUGGGCAGAUGACACAUCCUAGAAAAUGUUCUCUCUUGCUAAAAAUCUACCUUUAAAUGUCUGUUAGAGAGUGAAGUUUUUCAGCCUUUUACAUACAUUCUGGCAAAAGUCCCAGAGAUUUCUCCAGAGCUUGUGCACAAACACUGCUGAUGAUUUAGCUCUGACCAGCGAAGCAGAGGAACACUGUUCAGCAAUGUGGGAAACAUACUUGUUGCUCUCCAAAUCUUAAUAAAUGUGCCCGUGGUGUCAUAUAAAACACUUCACCAUAGCUUGUUUCCUCCACUGUGCAAGUUCUGUAUCAGAAAAUGAAUGUGGAAUAAAAAUGCUUGAAAACAUAUUAAAAUGAAAAAAACUGGCAGACUUAAAAAACUACCUCCUUCUAUGUGCACUGUGAAGACUUUGAAAUGACCAACUGAAUCAUCAAAUUAGAGCCACACACUUUCAGCCAAGCCAUGUACUUGGAUAUGCAUGACACAGGCUCAGCUCUUCCCUUGGUUUCUGAAGGUAAAUGAAUCUUAUCCUGGAAAGCCCUGGUGGUACUAAGAAGCACAGACAUGCAAGGAGAUUAAUCUCUUAGAUUAAGGGAGAGACCAGGGAGCACUACCACACGGAUACUGCUACCGCCCUUAACAAAAAAAAGAUAAGAACUUAGUCCUGUGUUUCACUGUAGCAGCAUCCACAUUAACCUUGCAGCCCAAAGGUCUAUUAAGCUGUCAGGAUCAUCCCAGGUUCCUUGUCUGAUCCUCACAGAGCUGUUUUGCUGCAGGAUGCAUCUGACAGCUGAGGGUGGUGCAGCAGAGACAGGCAGUGCUGAGGCAUCAGGCUGUGUGUAAACUGUAAGCUGUGCAGCAAUGGAGCUACAAAAUGGUGAUACUUAGGAGCAAAUGUAUCCUUGUUUGCAAAUCUGGCCCAGCAGCUCCCUGGGAAAAGGGAGGAAAAGCCAUCUGGUGACUGCAGCAUCUGGGAGUCACAGCCCAUCCUGCUGAAAACUCUUCCCUCUCCUGGAGCACAUGUGCCUUCUCCUGGAGCAUAUGUGCCUUCUCUUAGGCGUUACCACUGGAUGCCAACAGAUAGCUUUUCACAUGCCAAGUCCUUAUUUGUAUUAAUCUGAC